CUCACCUUUACAAUGAAAAGUUGCUGCAAAACUAGAGUGCCAACUUUUCCACAUUACACAAAAAAACACUAAGAGCAGUGAUUCAGACAUUUCUUGUGAAAUCUGCUUUAGAAAAUUCAUUGGCACAGCUAUUAGCUGAACAGUGUUCCCCUGGCUUACAGUGAAAUGCAGCCCAGAGAACAAGAAAUAUAAACAAAGUUUGCUCUGCUUCUGUUUACCUCCACCAACCCCUUGGGCAGUGUACCUGGUCAGAUUCUUCAUCAUCAUGAAUCCUGCCCAACUUCACAUUUUUAAAAAACGAGACCAUAUGAAAGCCCUCCGAAGGUACCUGGUAUUCAAAUACAUCCAAUAUCUAGUCCUACCUUCUCCAAAUAUCAUCAUCACCCUACUGGGAUUGCUUGCCAGUCUGUAUGUCAUGCUAAUAUUAACCUUUCCUUCUGUAUCCAGAAAAUCCACUGUGGUGUUUAUUAGUGGCAUAGCUCAGGCAGACAUCUUAGUUGGCUGCAACAUUUUUUCUGCCAUUACAGCAGGUGUGAUAAAGAGUGAACUGUCGUCAGCUCCUUUUCAAUCAGCUUUGGGGCAGAACUUCCAAAUUGCAAAUGUACAUGCCAGUUCCCUUUUACUCAGCUGUGUUAGCCUUGAGGCUUUUUUGAUUACUUUUUUUCCAGUAGAGACACGCAACAUAAGGAAUGUUAGAUGUGCAAAAGUCACUUCUAAGAUCAUCUGGGCUGCUGUAAUUACUGAGUGUUCCCUUUAUCAGCUUGAGUGGGUCAAAGGCCUUAACAUCUCAUAUCUUGGCAUUCAUAGGCAAAUUCAGCUAUUGAUGAAUUUCUGUUAUGAAGCCACAGCACUGCUGAAGUUACUUAUUUACCCUAUUGGAGUUCUUCUAAGAAUCUUCAAUGUAUAUCUUUUUUAUAAAAUAUAUUUCCGAGACCAUUAUAGUUAGUUUCUUAGGAAUGUGAGAUGUGGUGCCCAGCUGUUUGGUCAAACCCUCAUGUUUAUGGUGCUGAGAAGACAUUUUAUAGAUGUGAUUAACUUUUAAUUUAUUAACAUUAAGAAUAAGAGACUAAUAUCAGUAAUGUAGAUGAACCUCAUCUAAUCAGCUGAAGGCCUUGAGAACAAAAAGCAGGGUUUCUGGGAAAGGGAUACUGCCUGAAGACUUGUAACGCGAGUUCCAAGCUGCUGUCUGCACUGCGUAUUUCAGCAUCAAGACUACAGCACCUGUGUUCCUGAUGGUCCAGCAUGGUGGCACCACCCACAGAGUUUGAACUCUCUAGCUCUGAAAAAUCAUGUGAGACAGUUAAAAGAAAGAGAAAAUACAACCUGCUCAGUCUGUAUAAUACUACUUGUAUGUAUGUUUCAGGGCUGUUAACUUAGUAUUGGAUAACCAAUUGGUGUGCUCCUCCCUGGGGGAGACUAUUUCUUCUGCUCUCAGCAUUGCUUAGUUACCUGUAGUUCUUUGUCGGGGGUUGGUCAUCCCAUGAGAUUUCCUUCAUCCAUGUUAGCAUGCCUAUUGCUGUCAUCAUUAUUUAGGUGUGUUUAGACAGCCAUGUUGGGGAAACUUCAUAGAUGCAGUGUCUAGCAAUCCUUGGAGAUCCAAUAUUACAGAAAA